AUGGCGGCUUCCACGGUAGGAGGUGUCUCGGACCCCGGCACCAAUGUGCCGUUACACGUUAUGGCUUCUGUAGUAGCUGUUCCUGCAGUCGUGAGUGGCCCUCACACAGGCGCAACCACAGACGUCCAACCAGGGUGCGGGCUUUCGCCGCAGCAUGCGGCAGCAUCUCAGACCGACUACGUUUGGUCCUGGGAUCAUCGGCCGCCUCCACCAGAACCUGUGGAGGAGUCGACUCUUAGUGGUGCGCUCCCCCCGGCCGCCGCAGCGAUUCUUGCACUCACCAACCCGUCUGCAGCGGUGGCAGGUGCCGCAGCAGCGACAGGCGCAAGAGUUCCCUCCAUACCGGUUGGGAGUUUUGCUGGCUCUGAGGAAGGGACCCGGCUAUCGAACGUCCGAGCCAUGUGCCAGACUAUCGAGCUGGCUCGAGCGCUUGUCAGUGUUUACUACCAUCCCGAGCAGAAGCCACUCGUGAAAACUGCAUUUCACAGACGAGCUGACGUUGUCCGUGUUUUAGAAGAUAUUCGACAAAUGCGGGCGAUUUUGGUAGAUCCAGUUGAGAAGCUGCAGGUGCAAGAGCUAGAAGAAGCCUUACAGGUGGCGUGCAUGCGGAGCAUGGAAGAAGAGGCACACGCGGGAGGGGAAGCCGAGGCGGCGGAACGUGCACUGCGGAAGCAGCUAACUGAUGAGGAAGCAAGCGAAGGGAGCUCUUCAGCUCUGGCAGGCGCUGGCGCAUUCGUAGCAGAUGCUGCUGCAAAGCUAGGUGGCUGCAUACGGCAGGCGACAUCGGAGCUCCUAGGCGCCGACAAGAAGUCGAAAGGCGUUAAGAGACGCCUGAGCGGUGGCCUUUUGAAGUUGGCUUGGAAGGGGAUUCGCAGAGGUCGUUCGGGUCACCGCGCUCCUGUCAAAUCCAACGCAGCUCCGCCCGUGGCAACCGAAUCGUCGUCACAAGGAAGCACCUCGGUGGCACGAAGCACGCCUCCAAGGUCUGCUGGCUGCUGCCGCAGCGCCAAUGCUAUCGCCGGCGUCAAGGAGAACGCUCAAGUUCUGGAGGCAAUAGAUGAGUUGAGCGAGGACACAGGGGUGGGUGAGAUGAGCUGUCGCGCGCGCAGUGACAGGCGCGCCUGUAGGGGCAGAUCACUGUCACUCAGAACGGAACGUGCUGGCAGGCGCGGAUGGGGAGGGCGGCGUUCCCGUACGCCCGCAGGGCUGUUCGAGCGGCAGGGAGGCUCGAAGAAAAUUUGCAAGGAUGAUGUCGUAGGAACGGAGCGCACAGCGAAAUUCAGGACGCUAUCUUCGAACGGCGUCGCAGACAGCCCAGUUUUUGGGAGCCUUCAGCAUGAUCGACCUCAGGCGAGAACUGGUUCACAAUCUGUAGUAAGCCACAGACAACAUUCUGCCCCGCCGUUGCUCCCGCCGCACGCCGAGGUCCACGAGGCUGCUCACUCGCUGAGUCAAAAACCUCGGCGGUGGCGGGGCUGGACCAGGAGAUGGUCCCACUCGGAUCUGCAAAUGAGUGAUUUGAUGGAGGCGGCAGACUCUGUCUGUGAUAGUCGGUUGUUGAUAACCGCAGGGCGGCCACGCACCGAGCUGGCGUUGGGUACAGCAGCUGCUUCUUCGACAGGGACUCACACCGCCCUGUGCGCGGAGUGCGGGAAGCAUGUGCGAAAGGCGCCUCGCCGACUCUCUCGGUUCCGGAAGCUUAGGGCACGCGAUGAGCCCGGCGUCAACAAAUCGAUACUGUCCCAAAAGAUCCGCAAUUUCGAACCGUCACUACCAUCAAAUGAAGUUUGUACCAGCGCACUGGAUACACGCAGGAAAUCGAGUGUAACUAGCAUGUACAGCAGAGUCGGUAGUGCUGACAGGCCGCGCCGAUCGACUUGGAAUCCUUUCAGGGUUCACAAAAGAAGAAGCUCCGGAGCUCUGGGAGGCCAAGCUUCUUCUGGGCGCGAGGGAACGCAGAAAGAACAGGAAGGCCAAGACGCCCACCCGACCCACGUCGUUAGUGAAUUGGAGAAGAGAGUGACAAAGGGUGCAGCAGCGGUGCCGCGCACUAGCACGGUCAAGGGCUGGUUAAGGCGCGCACUUUCUGGGUCAUCGAAAAGCAAAGGUUGGAGGCCUUACGAGCACGAAGCAGAACAAGGCGGGGAGACUUCCGCACAGUUGCGACGCUCCUUUCCAACGGCGUCAGACGGAGGAGGUUCUUCGGUCCGAACUGAUAGCCUUCCAAGUCAGGUAAGCAUGACCAGCCAGAGUAUGACCGCUGAUGAGGCAGGCGGCGGGCUUCAGGGCGGUGCUGCUACCAUGAACAAGCCAGGAACUAUCAUUGAUGCGGACGUUUCCUCAUCGGGAGCUGAGCCUGCUAUUGAGCUUUGGCUUCCGCGGCACGUAUCAAGAUCUAGCUCGAGAGGACUUGAAGAAUACCAUAGUUCUCACAAGAGCGAGAGGCUGUCCCUUGCAUGCGACACUCUGGAUGACGUCCGGAGAUCUGCAUGGCACCCUGGAAGGAAUGGAGGAUUAGAAAGUGAAGCCCUCCGCUCGGAGACACGCUGCCGAAUCAGGAGAGGCUUGCCUUCGAGGUCCCCAUCGGAGAGCGAAGAAGUCGACACCAGUUUUAGUGAGACUAUUGGCGCGGGGAGCGAUCCCGACGGCCAGCAGUUGCCGCACUAA